UCUUUUCCUCCCCUUUCCCCUCCUCCUGCCUAAGAUGGCGGCGGUGCUGCAGCAGGUCCUGGAGCGGGCCGAAGUGGCCAAGCUGCCCAAAGCCGUGCAGGGGAAGCUGGAGCGGUUCCUGGCCGAUCAGCAGAGCGAGAUUGACGGGCUUCGCGCCAGGCACGAACGCUACAAAGUGGACAGCGAGCAACAGUACUUCGAAGUAGAAAAACGACUAGCUCAAAGUCAGGAGAGACUUGUAAACGAGACGCAGGAAUGUCAGAAUCUCCGACAGGAGCUCCACAAACUUAAUGAACAGUUGAAAUCGCUGACUGAGAGAAACAAAGAACUGGAAGCCGCUCAGAAUCACAAUGCAGCCACACAGAGUCAGCUUACCAGAGCAAAAGAAGAAUUGGAAGCAGAGAAAAGAGAAUUGGUCCGAACAAGUGAAAGAAGAGCCCAAGAGCUGGAGCACUUAAAUGAGGAUGUUAAACGUCUGAAUGAGAAACUAACAGCAGCAAACACUGCAAAGGUAGAACUGCAGUUACAGCUGGAUGACCUUCAGACAUCGGCCUUUUCUGUAAAGCAUCGUGAGCAAAGGUGGGAACAGGAAAAAGAGUUGCUACAGAGUCAGAACACUUGGCUGAAUACAGAACUGAAGACAAAAACAGACGAACUCCUGCUUCUUGCUCGGGAAAAAGGAAGUGAAAUCUUGGAGCUCAAGUGUAGCCUGGAGAACAAAAAAGAGGAGGUUUCUAGGCUGGAAGAGCAAGUCGGUGGGCUAAAGCAAUCGAAUGAAAAUCUACAGAAACACGUGGAAGAUCUUUUAGCAAAACUGAAGGAGGCAAAAGAUCAGCAAGCUAAUAUGGAAGAGAGAUUCCACAAUGAACUUAAUGCCCAUAUCAAGUUAUCUAAUUUAUACAAGGGUGCUGCAGAUGACCUGGAGUCAAAAAGCAAUGAGUUGACUCAAGCGGUGGAGGAGCUUCACAAACUUCUGAAAGAGGCAGGUGAAGCUAAUAAAGAAAUCCAAGAACAUUUGGCUGAGAUGGAGCAAUCGAAGGCUGCAGUGGAAAAAGAACUGAAGGAAAAGAUAAGCAAGCUGGAGAAAGAGUUGGACAAUGCAAACGAUUUGGUUUCAGCCACCAAGCGUAAAGGGGCCAUCCUUUCCGAGGACGAGCUGGCGGCUAUGUCUCCUACGGCUGCCGCAGUAGCAAAGGUGGUAAAGCCUGGCAUGAAAUUAACGGAGCUUUACAAUGCAUACAUAGAAGCGCAGGAUCAGCUGCUGCUGGAAAAAUUAGAGAAUAAGAGGAUUAAUAAGUACUUGGAUGAAAUAGUGCAGGAGGUAGAAGCCAAAGCACCCAUUCUGAAGCGUCAACGUGAAGAAUACGAACGCUCGCAAAAAGCUGUAGCAAGUCUUUCUGCGAAACUUGAGCAAGCUAUGAAGGAAAUCCAGCGCUUGCAAGAAGGUGCUGAUAAAGCAAACAAGCGAGCCUCUAUGCUUGAAAGAGAGAACCAGAGACUUGAAAUCCAAGUCAAAGAUCUUUCACAACAGAUAAGAGUGCUUUUGAUGGAACUCGAAGAAGCCCGAGGCAAUCAUGUUAUCCGUGAUGAAGAAGUGAGUUCUGCUGAUAUCAGCAGCUCUUCCGAAGUAAUAAGCCAGCACCUGGUCUCCUACAGAAACAUUGAGGAGCUUCAACAGCAAAAUCAACGCCUCUUAGUAGCUCUUCGAGAGCUGGGUGAAACUAAAGAGAAAGAGGAGCAAGAAACCACUUCAUCGAAGAUUUCUGAGCUUCAGGGUCAACUUGGCGAAGCUAUCACUGAGCUAGAAAAGUUGCGUGAGUCACGCCACCACCAGAUGCAGCUGGUGGACUCCAUAGUUCGUCAGCGUGAUAUGUAUCGCAUCUUACUGGCACAAACAACUGGAGUUAACAUUCCGUUGCAAGUUCCGAGCAUCUUGCCAGAGGAAAUGUCUCUGAUGUCAACCCCUAAACGCUUAUCAGGCACUCCUCAGGCCAUGUCAACGCCAGUUUCUGGAGCAGCCUCUGAGUCAACGGAAGCAGCAGAAGCAAAGGCCGCUCUUAAGCAGCUGCAGGAAUUUUUUGAGAGCUACAAGAAAGAAAAAGCAGAGAAUGACAAACUGCUGAAUGAACAAAAUGAGAAGCUUCAAGAACAGGUUACAGACUUGAGGUCACAGAAUACAAAGAUUUCCACCCAACUUGAAUUUGCCUCCAAGCGUUACGAGAUGCUGCAAGAUAACGUAGAAGGCUAUCGGAGAGAGAUAACAUCGUUGCACGAGAGAAUCCAGAAGCUUUCAGCAACCACUCAGAAGCAAGAACAGAUCAUCAACACCAUGACACAAGACUUGAGAGGAGCCAAUGAAAAACUAGCUGUGGCAGAGGUCAGAGCCGAGAAUUUGAAAAAAGAAAAAGAUAUCUUGAAAAUGGCCGAGGUUCGUCUGACUCAGCAAAGAGAAUCUUUAAUAGCGAAAGAAAGGGGACAAAAUCUAUUGCUUACUAAUCUACAAUCUAUUCAGGUGAUACUGGAAAGGGCCGAGACAGACACUCAACAGAGGCUCAAUAACCAAAUAGAGAAGCUGGAACGGGAAAUAGCCCAGCUGAAGAAAAAACUGGAAAAUGAGGCGGAACAAAGGCAUGCCCUCACCAAAAAUCAAGAUAUUCAUUUGUUGGAUACUAAAAGGCAACUUGAGACUGAAAUGAACCUUCACAUUAAUACGAAAGAACUGCUGAAGAAUGCCCAAAAGGACAUUGCGACAUUGAAACAACAGCUUCAUAACAUGGAGGCUCAGUUGGCCUCCCAGUCAUUGCAGCGAACUCCUGGUGAAGGCCAGCCAAGCACAAGUGAGGAUAUGGAUGAUCUUGUGAGUCGAUUGAGGCAAUCUGACGAGCAAGUCAACGAUUUAAAGGAAAGGCUGAAGACCGCCACAAGCAACGUGGAGCAGUACCGAGCGAUGGUUGUGAGCCUUGAAGAAUCCCUUAACAAAGAAAAGCAGGUGACAGAGGAAGUUCGGACAACUGUUGAAACCCGCUUGAAGGAAUCGUCCGAGUAUCAGUCCCAACUAGAAAAGAAAUUGAUGGAAGCAGAGAAGGAAAAACAGGAAUUGCAGGAUGAGAAACGUAAAGCUAUAGAAAACAUGGAACAACAGCUUUCUGAGCUUAAGAAAAACCUUUCCAGUAUGAAAUCUGAAGUCCAGGAAGCCCUUCAGAGAGCAAACACAGCUCUGAGCAAUGAGCAACAAGCUAAACGGGACUGUCAGGAACAAGCCAAGAUCGCUGCGGAAGCGCAGAAUAAGUACGAACGGGAGCUGAUGCUUCAUGCCUCUGACGUUGAAGCCUUACAGGCUGCCAAAGAGCAAGUUGCUAAGAAUUCCACGAUCAAGCAGCAGUUGGAGGACGCAGCCCAGAAAGCUGAAUCUAUGUUGCGAGAGAGCAAAGCCUCGUGGGAGGAGCGAGAGAGAAUGCUGAAGGACGAAGCUUCGAAGCUCGCAUCUCGCUGUGAAGACUUAGAAAAACAAAACCGACUGUUGCACGAGCAGCUGGAAACUCUGAGCGACAAGAUGACGUCUUCAAUGAAGGAAGGCAUGCCAGGGGCGUUAAACGUCUCCCUCAGCGAAGAGGGAAAAUCACAAGAGCAGAUUGUGGAAAUUCUUAGAUUUAUACGUAGAGAAAAGGAGAUUGCAGAAACUAGGUUUGAGGUAGCUCAGGUGGAGAGCUUACGCUACCGCCAGAGGGUGGAACAUUUGGAAAGGGAGCUUCAAGAGCUGCAGGACAGUCUGAAUGCAGAGAGAGAGAAGGUGCAGGUGACAGCAAAAACAAUUGCUCAGCAUGAAGAACUAAUGAAGAAGACCGAGACCAUGCAUGUUUUGAUAGAAACCAACAAGAUGUUGAGGGAAGAGAAAGAGAGACUGGAACAGGAGCUGCAGCAAAUGCAAGCAAAAGUGCGCAAGCUGGAAGCGGACAUCUUGCCUUUGCAAGAGUCAAAUGCUGAACUGAGCGAGAAGAGUGGGAUGCUGCAGGCAGAGAAGAAGCUGUUGGAAGAAGAUGUCAAACGCUGGAAAGCCCGAACCCAGCACCUAUUGAGCCAACAAAAAGAUACAGAUGUUGAAGAGUAUCGGAAGCUUCUUUCAGAGAAGGAGGUGAACACUAAGCGUAUACAGCAGAUGAGUGAAGAAAUUGGCAGACUUAAAGCAGAAAUCGCCAGGGCAAGCGCAUCCCUCACGACAAAUCAGAACCUGGUGCAGAGCCUCCGAGAAGACCUAACAAAAACCAAAGUUGAAAAGGAGGCCCUUCAAAAGGAGCUGGAAGUGAAAGUGGCUGACAUCCAAGACAAAGUUAAAACAAUAACUCAGGUCAAGAAAAUUGGACGCAGAUACAAGACGCAAUAUGAAGAACUGAAAGCCCAACAUGAUAAGGUGAUUGCAGAGGCAUCAACUCAGUCUUUUAUAGAGCAGCAAGAGCAGCACGCUUCAGACAAGGAAAUUCAAGAGGUGAAAGAGGCCCUAACCCAAGCUGAGACCAAGAUAAAAGCCUUGGAGGCACAGCUCGAAAAUUUACAAAAGACUCUAGGAGAGAAGGACACCGAAGUAAAAAAUCUUCAGGAACAGGUAGCCCACCUGCAGUCAGAGGUUUCCCGUCUUCAUCAAGAUUUGCAGGAAAAAACAUCACAGGAAGAGCAGCUCAGGCAACAGGUGGCUGAGAAAGAAGAGAAGACUAAGAAGACCCUUCUGGCUGCCAAGCAGAGGAUUCAUCAGUUGACAGGUGCAAAAGAACAGCUGACUAAAGAAAAUGAGGAGUGGAAGCAAAAGAGCAGCACGCUGGAAGAGCAGAAGUCUGAACUGGAAGUGCGGAUGAGUGCGCUUAAAUCGCAGUAUGAAGGCCGCAUUUGCCGCCUAGAGAGAGAGCUACGAGAGCAGCAAGAGAGGCAUCACGAACAGCGAGACGAGCCUGCAGAAUCUACCAAUAAGGCUCCAGAACAGCAGAGGCAGAUCACCCUUAAAUCAACUCCUGCUGCAGGUGACAGAGGAAUUGCUAGUACUUCAGAUCCACCAACAGCCAACAUCAAACCAACUCCGGUUGUGUCCACCCCAAGCAAAGUGACAGCUGCUGCAAUAGCUGGGAACAAAUCGACUCCGAGGGCCAGUAUCCGUCCAAUGGUUACUCCUGCUACAGUAACAAACCCUACAACUACACCCACAGCCACAGUUAUGCCAACAACGCAGGUGGAAACUCAGGAAGCUAUGCAGUCAGAAGGACCAGUUGAACAUGUUCCAGUCUUCGGGAGCACAAGUGGAUCUGUGCGCUCCACCAGCCCCAAUGUCCAGACGUCUCUCUCUCAGCCCAUCUUGACAGUGCAGCAGCAGACGCAAGCGACCGCUUUUGUGCAGCCCACUCAGCAGAGCCAUCCUCAGAUUGAACCAGCCACUCAAGACCCCUCGCCCACCAUUUUGGAGGUGGUUCAGAGCUCCCAGAUCGAAAGGCCUUCUACGUCAACAGCAGUGUUUGGCACAGUUUCAGCUACACCAAGUUCUUCGUUACCCAAACGUGCGCGGGAAGAAGACGAUAGCACGGUUGAAAACUCAGAGCAGAUUCCCGAGGAAAUGGUCGAUAUGCCUCUUUCGAAAAAACUGAGAAGUGUGCAGAGGGUUGGACCAGAGGAAGAAGUAACUGCAGAAGAGAGCACAGAUGGAGAAAUCGAAGCUCAAACCUACAAUCAGGAUUCACAGGAUUCCAUUGGAGAAGGUGUUACCCAGGGGGAGUAUACUCCCAUGGAAGAUAGUGAGGAAACAUCUCAGUCCCUUCCAAUAGAUAUUGGGCCUCUUCAGUCAGAUCAGCAGAAUACAACAUCACCCCAGGAUGGUCAGGGCAAGAGAGAUGAUGUCAUUGUCAUUGACAGUGAUGAUGAAGAGGAUGAGGAUGAAGAAAAUGAUGGAGAAGCAGAAGAAUAUGAAGAUGAGGAAGAAGAUGAGGAAGAUGACGACGAUGAAGACACUGGAAUGGGAGAUGAAGGCGAAGAUAGCAAUGAAGGCACUGGGAGCGUUGAUGGGAAUGAUGGCUAUGAAGCAGACGAUGCUGAGGGUACUGAUGGAAUGGAUCCCAGUACAGAAGCUGAAGAAAGUAUUGCUGGAGGCGAAAGCAGCCAGAGAGCGGCUGACUCUCAAAACUGUGGUGAAGGGAGCACAGGUGUGGCAGAGUCCGCUUUCUCUCAGGAAAGCCUGAGAGACCAACAGCCAACUUCUGCUUCGGAAAGACAGGUGCCGCGUCCACCUCGGCCUCACCCCUUGCCCCCACGGCUGACGAUUCACGCUAUUCCAGCUCCACCACCAGAGCUGGGACCACCAGUACAGAGAAUCCAGAUGACUCGGAGGCAGUCAGUGGGACGUGGACUUCAGCUCACCCCUGGCAUAGGCGGCAUGCAGCAACACUUUUUUGAUGACGAGGACAGGACAGUUCCAAGCACCCCAACAUUGGUGGUCCCACAUCGUACCGAUGGAUUUGCAGAAGCAAUCCACUCCCCUCAGGUUGCCGGAGUUCCUAGGUUCAGGUUUGGACCUCCCGAAGAUAUGCCACAGAGUUCUGGACAGUCAGAUCUUGGGCAACUCGCAUCGCAAGGAGGAUUAGGAAUGUAUGAAACCCCACUCUUCCUUGCCCAUGAAGAAGAAUCAGGUGGUCGUAGUGUCCCAACGACUCCACUACAGGUUGCAGCACCUGUGUCUGUAUUUACUGAAAGUACCGCUGCUGAUGCUUCAGAACAUGCGUCCCAGUCUGUCCCAAUGGUUACAACGUCCACUGGAAACUUAUCAACCACUUCGGAAUCUGGAACAGGUGAUGACGGUGAUGAAGUUUUCGUUGAGGCAGAAUCGGAAGGAAUUACUUCAGAGGUUGGACUAGAAAUUGAUAGCCAGCAAGAAGAAGAAUCAGCUCAAGCUCCUGAUGAGUCAGACCUUCCUUCUACCAGUCAAGAUCCUCCUUCCAGUUCAUCUGCAGACACAAGCAGUAAUCAUCCCAAGCCUUUCCGACGGGUUAGACUUCAGCCACCAACGUCAAGAACUGUAGUUCGUGGUCGUCAGUUUAACAAGCAGAGGGGUGUAACUCACGCAAUGGGUGGCAGAGGAGGCCUGAACAGAGGCAAUAUUAAUUAAAUUCUGUACAAAUUUUGGAAACUGUGUAUACUGUCUAGUCUGCCUUUAUUCUGUAUUAGUGUAAUGGCUUUCAAGCUUAAAGCAGUUUUUUAUUUUAAAUUUGGAUUGCUCUAUGAACUUUUCAUUGUCUUUUAUUAAUAAAAAUUAGAGAAACUGUCAAA